GAUGAAUCAGAUUUUUCAUCCGACGUGAAUCAAACAAGAGGAGAGAGAAAAAAAAAUCCUCCUUUGCCGGUCAGACAUGGAGCAAACCGAAGUGGUGAAGCCCGAAACUCUGGACGAGUUGAUUGCAAUCCUGCACAAGAUCUUCGAGAGUGACUGCAUCAAUGUAGAGGAGGUUCAAAAUAUCAUGGAAUCAUACGAGAGCAAGCCUCACGAAUGGAUGAAGUAUGCAAAGUUUGACCAAUACAGGUACACUAGGAACUUGGUUGAUGAGGGUAAUGGCAAGUUCAAUCUCAUGAUCCUCUGCUGGGGUGAAGGACAUGGCAGUAGCAUCCAUGACCACACAAACUCCCACUGCUUCCUGAAGCUGCUGCAGGGCCAGCUGAAGGAGACGCUCUUCGACUGGCCAGAUCGCAAAUCACAUGGAGACAUGGUGCAGAAAUCUCAGAGGAUCCUCCAGGAAAACAAAGUUGCUUACAUCAACGACUCCAUCGGUCUGCAUCGUGUGGAAAACGUCAGUCACACAGAGUGUGCUGCGAGUUUGCACCUGUACAGCCCCCCGUUCGAGACCUGCCAGACCUUUGACCAGCGAACGGGCCACAAGAACACUGUCAAGAUGACCUUCUGGAGCAAAUACGGAGAAAGGACUCCAUUUACCACAAUUUCACAAGAGAACAACUAGACGUCACUUAACGGGGCUCCAGCGGACGGAGACGUUAGCAUUUGGAACGAAAAUAAUUCAAGGGAAACUGCUGAGAAACCAUUAAAAAAAGUGGAUCCACAAUAACCAUGCUUCCUAUCUGAAAAUCAGGAGUGGACCGGUUCAAAACAGACAAUCCGCUAAUUGCAAUGGCUUUAUUGCUGCCCAGUGUGAACUUGGCAAAUACUGAUGAGCACAGGACGAAUGCAUGAAUGGGCUUGGACGUGAAUUGAAUCUGCCUUUUGUUUGCUGAGCCUGAAGAGAGCCUUUUUUUUUUUUUUU